CAGACCGUGAAGGCAGCAUUAAUGUGUCACAUGACAGGCAGCCUCUCCGACUGAUACACAUCAAAUCAUCAUGCCGACCACGCAGCAGUCUCCUCAGGAUGAGCAGGAGAAGCUUCUGGAUGAAGCUGUGCAGGCGGUCAAGGUCCAGUCGUUUCAGAUGAAGAGAUGCCUGGACAAGAACAAGCUGAUGGACGCUCUGAAGCACGCCUCCAACAUGCUGGGGGAGCUGAGGACCUCCAUGCUCUCUCCAAAAAGCUACUACGAGCUCUACAUGGCUAUCUCUGAUGAACUCCACUACCUGGAGGUCUAUCUGACUGACGAGUUCGCCAAAGGACGGAAGGUGGCAGAUCUGUAUGAGCUGGUCCAGUACGCAGGAAACAUCAUCCCCAGACUCUACCUGCUGAUCACGGUGGGCGUGGUGUACGUCCGCUCCUUCCCGCAGUCCCGUAAAGACAUCCUGAAGGACCUGGUGGAGAUGUGUCGUGGUGUCCAGCAUCCGCUCCGAGGCCUCUUCCUCAGAAACUACCUGCUGCAGUGCACCCGCAACAUCCUGCCGGACGACGGAGAGCAGGCAGAGGGGACAGAGGAGAUGACCGGUGACAUCAACGACUCCAUCGACUUUGUCCUCCUCAACUUUGCCGAAAUGAACAAGUUGUGGGUUCGGAUGCAGCAUCAAGGUCACAGCCGAGACCGAGAGAAGAGAGAGAAGGAGCGACAGGAGCUCAGGAUCCUGGUGGGAACCAACCUGGUCCGGCUCAGCCAGCUGGAGGGCGUCAACGUGGAGAAAUACAAACAGAUCGUUCUUCCUGGAGUCCUGGAGCAGGUUGUGAACUGCAGAGACUCGCUGGCUCAGGAGUAUCUGAUGGAGUGCAUCAUUCAGGUUUUCCCCGAUGAGUUCCACCUUCAGACCCUGAACCCUUUCCUGCGUUCCUGCGCUGAGCUCCAUCAACACGUCAACGUCAAGAACAUCAUCAUCGCCCUCAUCGACAGACUGGCUCUGUUUGCUCAUCGAGAGGACGGCCCCGGCAUUCCAGCUGAGAUCAAACUGUUUGACAUCUUCUCUCAGCAGGUGGCCACUGUCAUUCAGUCUCGACAGGACAUGCCGUCAGAGGACGUGGUGUCCCUCCAGGUGUCUCUCAUCAACCUGGCCAUGAAGUGUUACCCCGACCGAGUCGACUAUGUGGACAAAGUCCUGGAGAGCACCGUGGAGAUCUUCAACAAGCUCAACCUGGAACACAUAGCGACCAGCAGCGCCGUGUCGAAGGAGCUCACCCGGCUGCUGAAGAUCCCGGUGGACACCUACAACAACAUCCUGACGGUGCUGCAGCUGAAGCACUUCCCCCCGCUAUUCGAGUACUUUGACUACGAGUCACGCAAGAGCAUGAGCUGCUACGUGCUGAGCAACACGCUGGACUACAACACCACCAUCCUGGCACAGGAACAGGUGGACGCCAUUUUGAACUUAGUAUCCACGCUGAUCCAGGACCAGCCAGACCAGCCGGCCGAUGAUCCAGAUCCGGAGGACUUUGCUGAGGAGCAAAGCCUCGUGGGUCGUUUCAUCCAUCUGCUGCACUCUGACGAUCCGGAUCAACAGUAUCUGAUUCUGAACACGGCUCGGAAACACUUCGGCGCAGGCGGAAACCUGAGGAUUCGUUACACGCUGCCUCCUCUGGUGUUCGCCGCGUACCAGCUGGCCUUCAGAUACAAAGAAAACUCCUCAGCGGACGACAAGUGGGAGAAAAAGUGUCAGAAGAUCUUCUCCUUCGCCCAUCAGACCAUCAGCGCGCUUAUCAAGGCGGAGCUCGCUGAGCUGCCUCUGCGACUCUUCCUGCAGGGGGCGCUGGCUGCGGGCGAGAUCGGCUUCGAGAACCACGAGACCGUAGCUUAUGAGUUCAUGUCGCAGGCGUUCUCUCUGUACGAGGACGAGAUCAGCGACUCUAAAGCGCAGCUGGCGGCCAUCACGCUGAUCAUCGGGACCUUUGAGCGAAUGCGAUGUUUCAGCGAGGAGAACCACGAGCCGCUGAGGACUCAGUGCGCACUGGCCGCCUCCAAACUGCUGAAGAAGCCCGACCAGUGCCGAGCCGUCAGUAUCUGCGCCCACCUCUUCUGGUCCGGACGCAGCACCGACAAAAAUGGGGAAGAGAUCCGUGACGGUAAGCGGGUGAUGGAGUGUCUAAAGAAAGCCCUGAAGAUCGCCAACCAGUGUAUGGACCCGUCGCUGCAGGUCCAGCUGUUCAUCGAAAUCCUCAACAGAUACGUCUGCUUCUACGAGAGGGAAAACGACGCGGUGACUGUCCAGGUAUUAAACCAGCUGAUCCAGAAGAUCAGAGAAGAUCUUCCCAACCUGGAGGCGAGCGAGGAGACGGAGCAGAUCAACAAACACUUCCACAACACACUGGAGCACCUCCGCCUGCAGAGGGAGUCCCCCGAGUCCGAGGGCCCCGCCUACGAGGGCCUGGUCCUUUAAAACGACGGCAGGUUGGAGGGAUGUGAAGUCCAUCCGUAGAUGUUUCACUGUAUUAUGAAUAUACAACACGAGAACACACGAAACCCUCUCCUGUAGGCCGGGGAUAAAAAUAAAUGUCAAGCGGAGCUAAAAGAACUCGUUUUAUUAUCCUUUUUUUUUUUUUUUUUUAAUCAUUUCCUGCUCACUGUCCCUCGGCGGCAGAGCUGCUCUCUGCAGCAGCUCGGACAUGUUAUGUUUUAAGAAGCCGGAAACUCUGCACUUAGCUUCAGCGUGCACUCGUGGCGAGUCGUAGGCGCCUUUUCCUUUUCCUGCUUGACUAAUCUUUAUCAUUUUGUCAAUAGUAGACUGACUAGCUGUUGUAGGUGUUUCCUCUGAGCCGUCACCUGUUCACACCUUUCCAUAUCGAGACGUGAAUGUACCCGCGUGAGCGUAACACAGCUACAGCCUCGAGUCGCGGUGCUCCAGCCGUGUCGAGCUAGUUUCCACCCCCGAAUAGUCCGCGCUGAUCUGAGGGACGGCUGAAAACAGGCCGGGACCAAACUAACUGAAGACCAGACGAACAGAAGCUUAUGCAAACUUUGGCCUCGCAGGAGCGGCACUAAACUACAUUUUGUCAUUUAAUAAUUGUGCAGCUUUUUGCAUGAACCUUAAUUCAUCCGCCAUCCCCGCCGGGCUGCAACGAAAUUACAAAUAACCUCACACAUUUAGUAACGUGCAGGCGGGGGACUUGUCCUAUUUUUCCAGAGGAGCUUCUCAUACUUAAAGGGAUAGUUUAGAUUCUUUGAAGUGGGGUUGUAUGGGGAACAAGGGUUCAUGGAAAACCUGGAAAAUUGUUUUCCAGGCUUUGAGCAGUCGUUGAAUAAGUAAAAAGCAUUGAAAGUUAUGGAAAAGUCUUUGAAACCUCAGCAAAUCUGCUCGAUUUCUUUCAUAAACUGGAAGAAGGCAAAGAGC